AUGAAUGAGGCUGUGCCGCACGGGAUGACUGCCGAACUCGAGCUCUUCAAUCCACACUCAAUCUCAACUACUUGUCACCCCGACCCUUUGUCACAACGACUCGGCAAGGAGGUCACGAUCAUGCUCGCCUGGGGUCCCAACUUGGACGGCCUCUAUGAGGACUUCUUUCCAACAGUUUGGAAGUCCAUACUAGGCUACCGCAACCUACACUGCCCAGCUUGCCGCUUGCUUGCUCCAGAGCACAGGUCGAGAGUGGGAAGGUCAUCAGCGCUGCGACCUUCGUCAACAUCAAUCACCAACGCAAGCCAUAAUGCAGAACAGCAAGAAACAACCUUGACAGAAGCCAACGACGUCUAUCAUUUCUCACCCCUCCCUCGCCAGUGCGUGCGUGUAUACGUCUAG